CGAACAAGGAAGACGUGUGAAGUGUGUUGUCUGCUGUAAAGUGAAACACAAACUGUUUUGUUAAUGUCAACACCAUUUUUAGUGAAAGAGUUCGACCAGGACUCUUACAGAAACUUUAAUGGUGAUAUCUCUGUCAGUUUUGAGUGAACUGCUCGGCACAAGAAGACAGAAAGAAGUUUAGUCUAGCUGCUGAUUUAGUGGCUAGUGCUUUUGUAUGUACUUUGCUAACAAGCUAGCGACCAGCGAACUCGACUAGUAAAGCCUGUGUGGAACAACGACGACGUUGCCGAAUGGUGGACUUUGCCGAGAUCGUCAGCUGCGUGAGUUCUCUUCAGCCCUGUGAAAAUUCUCUUCAUCCCCGUGCUUCUUCUCAUCAUCUCUCCUCCUGCCGCCUUUGAACCUGUGCGUGAGGCUACAUUCCAUUGAGUAAAGAUAUACAUUCCACGCUGGAGAUUAAAAAGGCCAAAGCUGGAUAUCAUGGGGCAGCAGCAUGCCUUGGCCGAGGUCCAAUUUCAGAGGCCAACUAUACCAGAGCCCAUCAUAAUGCCAGGUCAAGCGCUGCCUCUACAUCCAGGUGAUCAUGGAAAAUGUAUCAGCAGUGACAUCCUUCAUAUUGACAGCAUACACUGAACUGGAAGAUCAUAAAUAUUUAUACUUCACAUGUUUUCUCCUGGUUUACAUUCUUAUAUUAUUGGCCAAUUCAGUUCUGAUCAUGGUCAUUUUCAUUGACAGAACUCUACAUGAACCCAUGUAUUUGUUUGUUUGUAAUUUAGCCAUGAAUGAACUUUAUGGCAGCACAUCUUUAUUGCCAUCAAUUCUUGGUCAUUUAUUAUCUCGUAAUUAUGAAAUAUCACUUACAUUUUGUCUAUUGCAGAUCUUUUGCAUUCACCUAUAUGGUUCAGUUGAAUUUACCAUUUUAGCAUUGAUGAGCUAUGACCGGUAUGUUGCCAUUUGUCGUCCACUACACUAUCACCUCCUCAUGUCUCCUAGAAAAGUAGGUAUACUCAUUUCAAUGUGCUGGAUUUAUCCUUGUAUUGUUUUUGGGCUGUAUUUCAUGCUCACUGUACAGCUUACAUUUUGUGGUAGGAUCAUAGAAAAGGUGUAUUGUAUUAACUUUGCAUUAAUCAAACUGUCUUGCUUUGAAUCUCCAAUUCAGAGCAUAGUUGGUUUUUUUGUAACCAUUUUGAUGAUUAUUCCAUUGCUUCUGGUGAUACUAUUUUCCUAUGCACAAAUACUGAGAAUCUGCAUAUUUUCUUCGAAGGACUCUCAGACCAAAGCUCUUCAGACAUGCAGCCCUCAUAUCCUGGCUGUGAUUAGCUAUGCAGUGGCAGCGUUUUUUGAGGUUGCUCAAAGUAGGCUUCGCAUGAGUCACAUUCCUCAUAAAGCUCGCAUAUUCUUUUCCAUUUAUGCUUUGAUAGUUACCCCAAUAUUUAAUCCUGUAGUUUAUGGAAUUUGCCUUCACAACAUAAGAGGUCAGAUUUACAAACUGUUUAGUGGUAAAAGAAUACACUAAUGUCCAGGAAAGGUGAUAGUUUUUUGUCUCUGUAAUUUAUAUUUUCUUUUAAAUCCGUUAUCACCAAGUUAUCAAAACAGUGAAAGAGACCUAACUAAGGUAGCAAAAAGCAAUGAUUUUAAGAAACACUAAAUUGCUCACAGCAUUGCUGGAGUCUACCGUACAUUGGGAGAAAGGUUUUUCAAGUGGCAAGUAUUUACACAGCAAUUAUAAAUGUACCAAGAAAAUGUAAUUAAAUUAAAGAUGAUAAUUCAGAGGAAGCUAAAUUAUGAGACAUUCCCUGGAUGGUAGAUACUUUUUAAAGCACAGGCCAUCAGACCCAUUAUUUGAUAUCUCAUCCUCUUUCAUUUGUGACACUGUCUGCUUUUAAUUAAUUACUUUAUGACCUGUGGUGUUAGCCAGGCUCAAAGUUUCAUUUCCCCAUUAUACUUUGUUUUUCAAAAUAAAAUAUUUUUGACACCU